AUGGCGAACUUCACGCAGCUCCAGAUUUUCGGCACCACCUUCGAGAUCACUAGUCGGUAUUUGAACUUGCAACCGGUAGGGAUAGGUGCCUUCGGGCUGGUCUGCUCGGCGCGAGACCAAUUGACCGGACAACCGGUCGCAGUCAAAAAGAUCAUGAAACCAUUCAGCUCCUCCGUCCUGUCCAAGCGCACCUUUCGAGAGCUUAAGCUGCUCAAGCAUCUCCGACAUGAAAAUGUCAUCAGCCUAAGCGAUGUUUUUAUUUCGCCCCUCGAAGAUAUCUACUUUGUGACCGAGCUCCUGGGAACCGAUCUCCACCGUCUCUUGACUUCCCGAUCUCUCCAGGCCCAAUUCAUUCAGUACUUUGUUUACCAGAUUUUCAGAGGGUUGAAAUAUGUCCACUCCGCCGGCGUGGUCCACCGGGACCUGAAGCCCAGCAACAUACUCAUCAACGAAAACUGCGACCUAAAAAUAUGCGAUUUCGGACUGGCACGGACUGAGGACCCGCAGAUGACCGGCUAUGUCUCAACACGAUAUUACCGGGCUCCCGAGAUCAUGCUCAACUGGCAGAAGUAUGACGUGGAGGUAGAUAUAUGGAGUGCAGGAUGCGUAUUUGCCGAAAUGUUCGAAGGGAAGCCGUUGUUUCCCGGAACGGACCAUGUUAACCAAUUUUCAAUCAUCACCGACCUAUUGGGAACUCCUCCAGAUGACGUGAUCCAAACCAUCGGCAGUGAGAGCACCUUGCGAUUUGUCAAGUCCUUGCCGAAGCGCAAGCGUCACCCUCUAGCAGAUAAGUUCCGGAAUGCUGAUGCUGAUGCUGUGGAUUUGCUUGAGCGGAUAUUUGUAUUCAACCCAACGGAGCGGAUUCAAGCCGCGGAAGUGCUGGCACACAAGUACUUGGCGCCAUACCAUGAUCCGAUGGACGAGCCGGUCGCCCAGGAGAAGUUUGACUGGUCAUUUACCAAUCUUGAUGUACCCGUGGACACCUGGAAGAUUAUGAUGUAUUCGGAAUCCAUCGACUUCCACAACAUCGACCAGGGUAACGUGGCUCCGGUCAAUUGA